GUGUGAAUUUGUGUGUAAAUUUUAAUUUAAAUUAUUUAUUAAUGAAUUCUGAUUAAUUUUAAUUAACUAUGUCCGUUAAUUGUAUGAAGAAAUGCUUAGGUUGCCCAUUUCUCAAAGAUUCAUUCGCCGAAAGAUACGAAGUAUACAGAAAAAUGCUUUUAAAAAGGGAUUGGAUCCAUCGGAAAUGAAACAAUUUUAUUUAUACACUUUUACUGCAGUAAAUAAGGGAACAAAUAGAAGUAUCAUCGUGGGGAUAGUAGCUUUAAGCGUGUUUUUAGUGAUAAGCAGUAGCUGGUUGUAUUUUUCCGUGGCUGAAAGGUGUUUGCUGCCGAGCAAUUACUUGGUGUGGGAGGCGUCUCGUCCGCUCGCUGAUUGUGCCUAUUGCGAAAAUAUUACGAAACCCGUCGUAUUACGGAAUGUUACUAGGCGUAGCUUUGCUGCUUAUACUUAUUCCUCAAAGCCUAUAAUCGUCAAAAAUGCCGUGAGCCACUGGAGAGCCACAAAGGAAUUUAGCUUUGACCUAUUUAAAAGACUGUACCAACAGACUGAUGGUAGCUAUGAGAGCCUUGAAGACGGCUGUCAGUUUUUAAACUUCAAGAGUGAUUUGUUUACAUUGAAGGAAGUUUUUGAUAUGCCUGCUGCUAGGGCUAGGAACGAGCCAGGGCAGGAGCCCUGGUAUGUAGGCUGGGGUAACUGCCACCCUGAGAUAUUGGCUAAAGUAAGACAGUAUUAUGAUGUACCUGAAUUUUUGCCAGUAGAUGCUGAAUUUCCAGCUACAGAAAACAUAUUUUUUGGGUAUGAGAUUGGAGCUGUUAUGCAUUUGGAUUAUAUUCCAAGAUUGAUGUGGCAGGGCCAAGUGAAAGGGAACAAGCUCUGGACCAUAGCACCAGUGCCUGAAUGUGACCAUGUUUGCAGUAGAAUUAGCUAUUAUGUUGAACCAGGGGAUGUAGUAUUCUUGGAUACCCGUAUUUGGUACCAUGCAACCAGCAUUCCCAAGGGUCAGUUUUCUUUGACAGUGCAGUCAGAAUAUGGGUAAAAGAUGCAAUAUAAUUUCAUGUAUAUUUUUAAUGUAGUACAAAAUGUAUGUUUACAUAUCGAGAUGCCAAAUUUUUAUGUACCUUUUACUUAUUUUUACACUAUUGUGCUUUUAUACAAACUUGUGUGCCAUGUAUUCUGUAGUGCAACUACUCUUAGCUUUAAUUUAUUCAAAUUGACAGUAUUUACUUUUCUUCUAGAUUUAAAUAAAAUUUUAUAAGUUUGAA